UUUCAUCUUCUCUCUAUCAGACCAAAAACCCUACUCUCUUUCUCUCUCGCUCUCAAUCUCAAUGGAUGUUACGAUGAAACACAACCUUCUCAACAGCUUCAUCAUCUCUCUCAUUCUCACUCUCGUCUUCCUUAUCUCACCAUCGUCAUCAUCAUCAUCGACAUCUUCAUCGAAUCAAGAUACAAGAGUAUCUACACGAAAGACAGAACCCUUUCUCAACGGGGACGAAUCACCGCACCAACUCGUCUACAUCAAGAAAAUGACGCCGUUUAUCUUGAACCCGGGUCAACGAGAUCAACACCGUCGUCUUCGUUAUAACCACCACUACUACUACUACCGCCAUGGUAUUCGUCGCCGUGGUCUUCGUCACCGUGCCAACUACUUCAAGAUGAUGACCAAGAAGAGCAGUAACGGUUUUAACCGUCCGGUCGGACCGGAUACGUUCUCUGUUAUGCUUCCCAAAGGAUUCGUACCUCCUUCCGGUUCAUCUCCUUGUCAUAACCAGAACCCUAAUUCCGCUACCACUCUCUUCUGCGAUCUUUCAACACAGCCUUAGAGUUCUCCAAAACCCGGUCUUCGCAAUUCUUUAAUGGCCGGUACAAGAAACGAUUUUGUUCUUCCACUGUUGUAUAUUUCAUCUUUUUCACCUUUGAAUAAGAGAUAUUUGUUAUGAUCGAUGCA